UCCUUUCUCGUGCGCAUGCGUACAAUUACGUUUGGGAGCUGUCCAUAGCAGAUAGUGCUGGUCUGUUUUCAUUGACCGCUGCUCCUGCGUUCUGUGAGAGCGUCUUUUCACAGACGAACUAACACUAUGGACGAAGAAUUAAAAUGCCCUGUUUGCGGUUCUCUCUUCAAGGAUCCUAUUCUGCUACCAUGCUCGCACAAUGUGUGUUUAGCGUGCGCCCGAAAUAUAAUCGUGCAGACCCCGGAGGGUGAGACACCUCCGCAUUGCCGAGCCUCCGGGAACUCGGACUAUGAUUACUUGGACAUGGACAAAAUGAGCAUGUACAGCGAAACAGACAGCGGUUAUGGAUCAUACACUCCAUGCCUAAAAUCUCCGAACGGUGUAAGGGUGUUUCCACCAACAUUGGUGCACCGUCAUUGCUCCAUUACUUGUCCGCUCUGUCACCGGAGUGUCUCGCUGGACGAGCGGGGGUUGCGGGGCUUUCCUCGGAACCGGCUGCUUGAAGCGAUCGUGUCUCGAUAUCAGCAGAGCCGCGGUGCCGCCGUCAAAUGCCAGCUGUGUGAUCGCAACCCAGUCGACGCCACUGUAAUGUGCGAGCAGUGCGACGUCUCCUACUGCACGCCGUGCCAGCAGAGAUGCCACCCCUCCCGCGGACCGCUGGCAAAGCACCGGCUGGUGCCGCCGACACAUGCGCCGGCAGCCGGGGGGCAACCACAGAAACUCCCCGGUGCAACUGUGCGCAAACCGGCGAGCUGUGCGGAUCACGACUCGGAGAACUUCAGCAUGUACUGCGUCAGCUGCAAGAUUCCCGUGUGUUUGAAGUGUCUGGACGACGGCAAGCACGGAAAACACGAUAUCAAACCCCUGAGCGUCAUGUGGAAACAACAUAAGUGCCAGCUGUCCCAGGCUCUGAACGGAGUGUCUGACAAGGCCAAGGAUGCCAAGGAGUUCCUGGUGCAGCUCAAGAACAUGCUCCAGCAAAUCCAGGAGAAUGGCGUGGAGUUCGAGGCGUGUCUGGUGGCCCAGUGUGACUCCCUCAUCGAGGCCCUGACCAGGCAGAAGGCCAAGCUGCUCACCAAGGUCACCAAGGAGAAAGACUACAAACUCAAGGUGGUGCGUGACCAGAUCACACACUGCACCAUGAAGCUACGUCAGACCACAGGCAUGAUGGAGUUUUGUCUGGAGGUCAUCAAGGAGAACGACCCCAGCGGCUUCCUGCAGAUCUCGGACGCCCUGGUCAAGCGAGUGACAUCGUCUCAGGACCAGUGGGUGAAGGGGGCGCUGGAGCCCAAGGUGGGGGCGGAGUUUGACCUGACUCUGAACAGCGACGCCCUCCUCCAAACCAUCCUCCAGCUGGACUUCCUGCAGAGCAAAGAUGUUCAGGAGGCCCCGUUAAUGAAACAAGUUCACGAAGGUGGACAGACCGCAGUCGAGAGUCCGGGAGUGGAGUCUGCUGCCGUCCCCACGGCCCCUCUGCUGCAGCUGGAGAAGUGCAGCACCAGGAACAACAGCGCCACCCUGGCCUGGAGGGUGACUGCGCCCCCCAGCAACCCGAUUGAGGGCUACGUUCUGGAGCUGGAUGACGGCAAUGGGGGGCAGUACAGGGAAGUGUACGUGGGCAAGGAGACGGUAUGCACUGUGGACGGCCUCCACUUCAACAGCGCCUACAACGCCAGAGUGAAGGCCUACAACUCGACAGGCGUCGGGCCCUACAGCAAGACCGUGGUGCUCAAGACCUCCGACGUGGCCUGGUUCACCUUCGACCCCAGCUCCGCCCACCGCGACAUCGUCCUGACCAACGACAACCAGACGGUGUCGUGCAGCAGCUACGACGACCGCGUCGUCCUGGGCACCGCCGCCUUCUCCAAGGGCGUGCACUACUGGGAGCUGAGCGUGGAUCGCUACGACAACCACCCGGACCCUGCGUUUGGCGUGGCGAGGAUCAACACGGUGAAGGACAUGAUGCUGGGGAAGGACGACAAGGCCUGGGCCAUGUACGUGGACAACAACCGCUCCUGGUUCAUGCACAAUAACUCCCACACCAACAGGGCUGAGGGGGGCAUCUCUAAGGGAGCGAAGGUGGGCAUCCUGCUGGACCUCAACAAGCACACGUUGACCUUCUUCAUCAACCAGGAGCAGCACGGCCCAAUGGCCUUCGAGAACCUGGAGGGCGUCUUCAUGCCUGCCGUCAGCCUCAACAGAAACGUCCAGGUCACCCUACUGACAGGACUGGAGGUGCCAAAGAAUAUUAAACAGCAGUAGCUGUCGUCCAAUGGCUGGGCUCCCAAGGUGACCCGGGGCCUGGCGAGGGAGGGGCCAUUUCUCCCUCCGCACCCGACUGGACCGUUCGAGCGACCCGAGACGCCGGCCUUCCCCCACCGCCCUCCCGCCGUGUCUACAUCUGAUGCUGUGCAAACACCACCCUGGAAAAACAGCCAAGAAAGAAAAUCUGCCAAUACUAAAUACCAUGAAAGUAUUCUGUCUGUAUUUCAAAAGGCAUAUUAUUUAUCUGUAUAUUAGGUCUUAGUUACUCACGUGUCAACACAGCAUACAAUCACACUUCAUGUUUACAAUCCAGCUGCCCCAGGGACCUCUUCUUACAGGAAGAGGAAGUCAGGAGGACAGGAAGUAGGAAGUAGGGCCCCUGCAGCUCUGUUUCUCCUCUCUCAGGUGUGUUAACAGAGGAACACUGUACAACUCUCAACCGCCAUUUUGGAUGUCUGUUAUUAACUUGGAAUCUCUCGUACUCCAUAAAGUAGAGAGUGUUUCAAUUUUUUUUUAAUCAAAUGCUUUACUGUUUUUGUAACUGUUACAGAACCUGCCCAUAUCAAAGAUGGCACAAGGCUAAAUUCCGUUUCAGUCCUGGUUUCAAUACUCAGUCGAAAACAAAUCUUUAUUCCUAAGAGGACGUUUCACGUUAAGAUUUGAAUCUGAACUCGUCCUCUCAGUCAGCUUGUACAGAAAUGGAAUCAGUCCAACCCUGCUCUGACUAAAUGAUAACCGUUCAUAAGUCAGGGUGAUGUACCUCACAUAUCUCCUAACACAACACACAAGUAUGACCAAACAGCCUUCGAACCCUCAACUGUGCUGAACAGCAAUGACAUACUGUGUCCAUGUUGUCAAGGAAACCAUCCCGCUGUGCACAUAUCAACAAACUUUAAUCGCACAAAUGAUGCUGGCAUGUUCACCACCAAACACAAAUCUCAAAAGUCUUUGAAGGAAACCUUUAGAGGCUAUUUAGGUUCAAAGGUUCAACCAAACCACUGUGAUGAUUUAGAAAGAGACAUUCCCAUGUAUAUUUUGACAAAUGAUUCCUAUACAGUCGGUCAGAAAUCCUAUCCUAUCCGUAUCCUAUCCGAAAGUUACUAUUACUCUUAUGUUUUAUGCAUUGACUUUGAAUAUGUUAUUUACAGUAUAUAUUUAUUGCCUAAAAGGGUGAGUGUGCGUAGGUGUGUGAAUGAGGACACAUUGUUAAGCAUUUGGAGAAAGGUCCACGGAACAUUCUGUGUGCAUGUUGUAAAUACUGAAACUCGAGUCAUGAUAGCUCAUGAGCUCAUACUAAGCAUGUAGUCUAAGUGAAGCUGUUUACUGAUAAACACACGUACAUAGUCAACUGGGAGCCAUAUGAGUGAUAAUAUGUGUGUGACAAGUUCAGUCCAAUGGUACUUUGCCCCCUACAGAUCAAAAUGAACAUUACAGCACCACAUUCACACAGAUGUUAGGCCACCUUUAUACUCCAGAGUUAACACCUUUAUGAAGCUCAGGCAUAUUAAACCUGCCAUUCUAAAUGACAGUGACAAUAGAGGGCUUUAUUAAAAAGGGGAUUUUGUGGUUCCAGAGUCUAAGUCGAAGACACUUAAGUACGCUUAUGCAAAGGCUUAAAGCAGGUGGAUUUCUCUAGCCAUUCAAAUGUCUAUGUUCUCAUUGAAACUAAUACAGACCCUGGCAUGCCAAGUCCUGCAGCCAAUUUCAGUAACUUGAGCUGUUUUCUACCAAAAUCAAGAGCUAUAUAUUAUUAUUUGGUUGGUUUCUCACUGGGCAAUUGCUCUAGUUGUCUGAGUCCAACAUUUAAAGCCCUUCACCCAACAGUCCAGAUGUGUAACCGACUUCAUUCUGUUCCUGAAACGUAAUGAACCCUUAAUCCAAAACUAUGACUCUGCAUUGGGAUUAAAUGACCAAAGCUGCUGUUGUUCUUUUAGGGAGGAA